AUGUUAUUCGUGUUAUUUAUCUUUUCACUUUGUUCUGCUGCAAAUGUUAAUGAUUUAACAAAAAAUUCAAAUGAGGCUAAGGACAAGAUUAGUGCUAUGUCUCUCUUUGUUAAAGCUAAAGUCACACAAUCUGUCAAUGACAUUAAACAAGCCAUUAAGAAUGAUAAAAUUGCUUAUAAAAUGACCGUUAAAUCAAUUAAACAUGACACAAGCUUAGCAUUAAAAGAAUUUAUUGAAGCUAAAAAGGCUAACAAAAAUGCAACUGAUCUUGUUGAUAUUUCCACAAAAACAAGAAAUGCAGAAAAAGAAGUUAUUGAACACAUGACUAAAUUACAUAACACUUUUGUCCAAACCCUUACUAACACUAGUUCUGGUGUUAAAAAAACUGGUAAAGCAAAUAAAAUUGAAGCUGAAGUCUCUUUGGUUGGCGUAAAAACAAUUGGUGAAAAUCUUGCAAAACAACUUAAUGCUGCAAACACUACUGAUGCUCAACUCCAAUUAGUUUUUACAACUGCUAGCUCUGGUUUAAAGAAUUUAACUUCACAUAUGGUCAAUGCUACAAAGGGGCAAUUAAAGGCUAUUAAGACUGCCGUUGAUUUUGCUCGUCUUGGAGAAGUUAAAAUGUUAGAAUCAUACAACAAUCUAUAUGUAAUAUAUAAAUCAUCUCUAUCUCAAAGUCUUUUUGUUAAUCAAACUCAACCAACAACACCAUCAGAAAAGGCUGAAGCAAACAAAAAAGCUAAAGCUGCUUUAAAGAAGGAUAUUUCUGAUCUUAAGAAAAUAAGAAGGGUUGUCAGUAAAGAUCUUGUUAAUAAAAACAUUACGAAGAAAAAUACUAAGAACACUGAAAAAAAGAGUAACCUUAAAAAAGCUUCUUUAACACCAAAGGCUAAAAAAUGUGUCUCUGCCUUAAAGAAAUAA